AUGCAAGCCACCAUUAAACAUGAAUGCAAUGUUGCAGAACACCCUGCAUUCAAGUGUCUAUAUUCUUUUAGAGAAAUUAGAAAUUAUCAAAGUGAACAAGAAAGUGUCUUAUUAGCUCUUCUUAAUAAAUUUUAUGAUAUUACUUUUACUGCCCAUAAGAAACAAUCAUUAGUUACUGUACCAUUUUUUAGAAUUUUAACUCUUGAUGGCCCAGUUGAUUCUAUUCAAUUUAAAGAACUUAUCGAAAGAAGAAUUACUGAAAGACUUAAUGCUGAAGUAGCAAAUGGCUCAUCCUUAAAAACUGCUUUAAGAAGAUGUGAAAAUUAUAGAAUUGUUGAUUCUUUACAUAUUUUGACUGAUAUCUUAGAAGUUCUUGGUUAUAACUUCGAUACACAUCUUUCUACUGGAAAAAAAGGGACUUUAAAAGCUGAGUCAAUUUAUGGAAUAACCUCUUUAACAGGUAAUUUCUUAUUUAAUCAAGAAGGAAUAUCUCAUUUGGGAACUGAAGUAAGCAAAUAUAUUGUUGGUCUUGAAUCAAUUGAUGGUGUUUGCACUCUCCAUAGAAAUGAUCCUGUUAUCCAAAGUCUUUUACUCCCAAAGUUGAAGUAGAUAAGUCUUAAUUGUUUAUUU